AGACACCAGGAAGCUGCUGCACCACGCGCGCUCUCACUGAGAUCCGAGGAAGAACCUUGAGGAUCCGGAGGAAAAUCCACGCGACCACGGGGAGAGAGACACGCAAAUUCCAAAUAUACAUCCUUAAUACAGAAUUGGUCUGAUGGAGCGAAGGCACUCAGCGCAGCUCGGUACAAAAAGGAAACAUUGUGACCAGUAUCCAAACAGCACGGAUCGUACUGGAAAGUUGACACAGCACCAGAAAACUCACACAGAAGAGAAACCCUUCAGGUGUAGUGUGUGUGGGAAGGAAUUUUCAGAUUCAUCGACUCUUAAAAAACACCAGAGAACACACACAAGAGGAAAACCUUUCAAAUGCACUGUGUGUGAGAAGGCAUUUGCAUGGGCAGCAGGUCUCCAGAUCCACCAGAGAAAACACACAGGAGAAAAACCCUUCAGGUGUAGUGUGUGUGGGAAGGAAUUUUCAGAUUCACCGACUCUUAAAAAACACCAGAGAACACACACAGGAGAGAAACCUUUCAAAUGCACUGUCUGUGAGAAGGCAUUUGCAUGGGCAGCAGAUCUUCAGAUCCACCAGAGAACACACACAGGAGAGAAACCCUUCAAGUGCAGUCUGUGUGAGAAGGCAUUUUCACAUUCAUCAAAUUUUAAAACACACCACAGAACGCACACAGGAGAGAAACCAAACAAGUGCAGUGUGUGUGGGAAGGCAUUUUCAAGUUCAUUUUAUUUUAAAAUACACCAGAGAAUUCACGCAGGAGAUAACCCCUUCAAGUGCAGUGUGUGUGAGAAGGAAUUUUCACAGUUAUCAAAUCUUAAAAUACACCAGGGAACGCACACAGAGAAACCAAACAAGUGCAGUGUGUGUGGGAAGGCAUUUUCAAGUUCAUUUUAUUUUAAAAGACACCAGAGAAUACACACAGGAGAUAACCCCUUCAAGUGCAGUGUGUGUGAGAAGGAAUUUUCACAGUCAUCACAUCUUAAAAGACACCAGAGAACACACACAGGAGAGAAACCCUUCAGGUGCACUCCGUGCGGGAAAGCAUUUGUCCAGUCAUCAGAUCUUCAUAUACACCAGAGAACACGCAGGCAUCAGAAGAUCCUCAAGGAGUGUAGUCUGAAAUCGACUUGUGAAAGUAAAAGUGCUGCAAUUAGUCCAUUUCUCCUGAAAAAAGAACCAGAAGUACAUUCCAGCUUGGACACUAUGAAAUGUAUCAAGGUGAAAUUUGAAGAGGUGACAAUGAAGCACGAAGAAGUGAAGGUGAAAUGUGAAGAUGAAGAUUCAACUCCAAAAUCGGACCUUCACAUCGAUGGAGGCAACGUGAAGCAGGAGGAGAAUUCUGACUGUGAGGCAGAGCGAGGAACCUCCCAGGAAUUUGUGGAAGUGGAGGUGUGGGUGGACUUCUUAAACAAAACAAAGUCAAAUGGAGACACGGUAGAUGUGUAAGCUUGAG